UGUUCAAAGCCAAUCACACAACACAACAACCAUAGUGAUCAUCUCUCGAUCUCCAUAUCUAACAAUGGCGAUGAUGCGUUCAUCAAGCAGGUGCAGGUUAACCUGCUGCUUGGUCGUCGUGCUUGCAGCGGCCAUGGCGACGACGACGUGCGUGGCGCAGAACUCGCCGCAGGACUUCGUGGACCCGCACAACGCGGCGAGGGCCGACGUCGGGGUGGGGCCGGUGACGUGGGACGACACGGUGGCGGCGUACGCGCAGGCCUACGCGGAGCAGCGCCGCGGCGACUGCCAGCUGCGGCACUCGGACUCCGGCGGGAAGUACGGCGAGAACAUCUUCUGGGGCUCCGCCGGCGCCGCCUGGUCGGCGGCCGACGCCGUAUCGUCGUGGGUGUCGGAGAAGGAGUGGUACGACCACGACAGCAACAGCUGCUCGGCGCCGGAGGGGAGCUCGUGCGGCCACUACACGCAGGUGGUGUGGCGCGACUCGACGGCGAUCGGCUGCGCCCGCGUCGACUGCGACAACGACCUCGGCGUCUUCAUCACCUGCAACUACUCGCCGCCGGGCAACUUCGAGGGCCAAUCCCCUUACUAAUUAAUUAAUUAAUUAUCACACAUAUCCUCACUUGCUAAUCACAUCGUGAUUGGCACACGUACGUAUAUAUAAUACGUAUGCUCAUGAGAAUAAACUGAAUAAAGUUGUCAGCUGUGUGUGCAUGCACAGUGUAUAUAUCAAAUGUCACGACAGUACUACGUACGUGUUGGCUUUUUUUUUUUUACUUUUCUAUUUCAGUUGUUCAGAAAAACGAUGUGAGCUGAGUGGUCGAUCCGUUCGGUUUUUGUUUUUCCCAAGAG